GUCCGACAAGGAAGCCAAGCGAGCAAAGAAGGCGGGCCGCGAAGGCCAAGCCAAGGGAAGGGGAGGGAAGGGACGGGAGCUUGGCAGGGGACCAAGUGGCCAGAGAAGAGAAGAUAGAGGAGGAGGAGGAGAAGGAGGAGAAGACGAGGACUGAACGAACGAAGAACUGAUCGGUGGUGAGGAAGUCGACUCCACGGGAGGAGAAGAAGGAGGAGGGCAGCUGGAGAUUGGAGCUGGCAGGCGGGUCGUGAAUUUAGCAGCAUUGCGACCAUGUACGCAUCCAUGGGGAUGCAGGCGUGUGCUCCUUCUGCGCUGAGCUCGUCCUGCGCCGCGUCGCUGCGGACACAGUGCGCAAAUUCGUCGACAACCACGGCCGCGUCUUCUUCCUCCGCGAAGGUCUUGGGUGUAGAUGUGAGCAGCAGUAAGUCGCUAUGGAAAGGAUCGUCGGUGCAAGACUCUCGCAGCAGCAGCAGCAGCAGCAGACGGUCUCGUGGCUGCUGUGCUUGCCAGGCCAGCUCUGGCUCCGAGAAGGCCUCGUUACUUCAAAAAAUUGGGGAUUCCGUGAAAAACUGUGUACUCUGUGCCGCACUCGCAGCAGCUGUGGCUUUGCCUCAAUUUCCUGUACAGCCAUCAGUCGCGACUGAGUCCUUGCCGGGCCCAGUGUAUUCGGAGUUAGGAGUUCUAAUCGCGGGUCCUCCUAUCAAGGAUGCAAACGCUUUGCUCAGAUACGCCUUGCCUAUAUCGAACAAGCCCAUCAAGGAGGUGCAGAGGACAUUGGAAGGAAUUACCGACGCUCUCAAGCUCCCAGGUGUCAAGGCCAUCGAUCCAGUCGAGCGGGAUGUGAGGCAGGCCUCUCGUCUUAUAAAUCAGAACAAGGAUCAAAUUUUGGCCGAUGUAGCAGAGUCCAAGAAGGAGGAAGCUCGAGCAGCCAUGAGCAGACUGAGUGAUGGCUUGCUUGAGUUCCAGUCUCUCCUGGAGCAAAAGGACAGGGCUGGAAUCUUACCCAAACAGAAGGAGUGUUUAGAAUAUGUAGGGCAAGUGGAAGAGGCCAUGGUGGAGAAGUUCCCGUUCGAAGUGCCGGCUGAGUACGCCAAAAUGCCUCUGUUGAAGGGUCGCGCAAAAGUGGAGAUGAAAGUUAGAGUCAAGGACAAUCCCAACCUGAAGAAUGCAGUGUUCGAGAUGACUGUGGAUGGGUACAAUGCGCCCGUCACGGCCGGCAACUUCAUCGAUUUGGUGGAGCGCCGGUUUUAUGACAACAUGGAGAUUCAAAGAGCGGACGGAUUCGUUGUACAAACAGGAGAUCCAGAUGGUCCUGCGGAAGGAUUUGUUGACCCAGGAACCGGAAAGCUUCGGACAAUCCCUCUGGAAAUCAUGGUGGAAGGGGAGAAGGAGCCCAUUUAUGGUGGAACUCUUGAAGAACUGGGGCGUUUCAGGGAGCAAACUAAGCUACCAUUUAAUGCUUUCGGCACUCUCGCUAUGGCCAGAGAGGAAUUCGAGCCCGAUUCGGCGUCGAGCCAGAUAUUCUGGCUACUGAAGGAGAGCGAGCUUACCCCUAGCAACGCAAACAUUUUGGAUGGAACAUAUUCAGUUUUUGGUUAUGUCACAGACAAUCCGGACUUUUUGGCGGACCUUAAAGUAGGGGAUGUUAUCGAGAGUAUAAGAGUGACAAGUGGCCUAGACAACCUCGUCAACCCCAGCUACAAGGUCGGUGGGGCCUAAUCUCCGUAAUAAUCCCAUUGUACUUUAGAAUUCUUGUCUUCUGGCAAAUGCAGGAGAAGAAUGUCAAAUUAGCCUGCGAUUGGUUGGCGGAUAAUGUGCAGAUUGUUGAAAAUUGAGGAGUAAAGAUACACAG